AUGACCUCGCCGGCCUGUAUCCGCGCUCUUUACGGCAUCCCCGAGCCGGAUCCAUCUGAGCCUGUCAAUCCAAACAACUCCUUGGGCAUAUUCUCGAUAUACAGCCAGUGGUAUCAGCGGAAUCUCGACGACUUCUUCGAAGCCUUUACCGAUAUUCCGGCUGGCACGUCACCGAUCUGGAAAUCAAUCGACGGAGGGCAGCCUCCGCCAACGAGUCCGAACGAUACGACCUGGAAGAACUUGGACGGGGAGGCGAAUCUUGAUCUUCAGACUUCGAUGCCGAUAGUGUAUCCGCAGAAUGUGACGGUUUGGCAGACGGAUGAUGCUUACUGGUCCCGCUGGACAUACUCCAAGCCCUGGGCCGGUCUCAUGAACACCUUCCUCGACGCCAUCGAUGGCUCCUACUGCACAUACACCGCAUACGGCGAGACGGGCAAUGACCGGCAUCACGAUCCCAUCUACCCCGACACCAAUCACACGAACGGAUAUCAAGGCGAGCUGCAGUGCGGCGUCUAUACCCCACCGAACGUGUUCUCGGUCAGCUACGGUGCGCAAGAGGACUGGUUGCCUGAGUAUUACCUCCGACGGCAAUGCAAUGAGUUUUUGAAGCUGGGUCUGCAAGGAAUCACGGCGGUGUUCUCGAGUGAUGAUUGGGGUGUUGAACUUUGUCCGAAGCAUCAGAGGGUGUUUGUGCCGGAUGUGCCGGCGGGAUGCCCGUGGGUUACCGCUGUUGGUUCCACGCAGAUUGGCAGCAACAAGACGGUCCACGAUCCGGAGGAAGCGGUGUCGUUGGAUCAUGCUGAGUUCUUGAGCGGCGGAGGGUUCUCUAUCGUCCAUGACGCUCCUGAUUACCAAAAGGAAGCCAUCGCAAAGUACUUCGCCGUCGCCAACACCUCACUCCCAUACUUCUUCAAUGGCUCAUACAACCAUACACGAUGGGGUGUACAACCGCAAUGGGCGCGGAUCGGCAGCAAGAUUUCCAUCUUCAAUGCCAAAGACCGCUGGAUAGUGCACGGCACAAGCGCUAGCGCACCUAUCUUCGCGGCGAUGCUAAAUCGCAUUGUUGAAGAGCGCCUGAUAAUUGGCAAGGUGCCGUUGGGAUUUAUCAAUGCUGUGCUGUACAGCAAUCCGCAAAUCUUCAACGAUGUUGUGGUCGGUGACAACAUCAACCCGGACCGUUGCAGGGGGAAGGGGUUCAAGUGCGCUCCCGGUUGGGAUCCGGUGACAGGCCUGGGAACGCCCAAGUUCCAGGAGAUGAUGGAUCUUUUCUUGAGGUUGUAG